AUGAACAACAAACUGGUAUAUAGAGAACAGGAAAAAAUCUUGCUAGCCGAGCUCGUUAAAGAGCACGGUAGGACUAUUGAAAAUAAAAGGAUAGAUGGGGCAACAGUGGCUGACAAAAAUAAGUCUUGGGAAUUAUUAGCCAGCAGCUAUAAUUCCCAGCCCAACGUAUAUGUUUUGCGAACCGCAAAGCAACUUAAAAAAAUAUGGGUGAACUUGAAGCAAAGAUAUCAAUUUUUUUUAUUAGAUGAAAGUAUAGAAUCGGCUAUGUUGGAUGAAAGUUUAGAUUCGAACUUGCUAGAUGGAAGACUACCAUCAAUUACAGAAGCGGCCGUUCCCAGUAUUAGCCCUCCUACUGUAGGUAGAUUGCCACACGAUGAUAAAAAAUCUGCAGAAUCAGUGCUAAAUAAAAAGUUUACCCAAUCUAUUCGUCAAGAAAAGGAACUUUUUCUUCGGAAAAAAAGGGUGGCUGAAGAAGAGCUGGGUAAAAUAUCCAAAGAGCGGGAAUUGGUAAAAGUAAAGAUGGAGUUGGAAAUUAAAACGGCAAAACAUGAAGAAAAAUUGGCAGCAUUGAAGUUUACAAAAGAAUGGUAA